AUGCGCUGCUCACCGCCUGCUUCAAAGCCCUGGAAAACAAAGGCCCCCGUCGCACCACAAUCCCAGCACAAGAAGCGCACCCCGCUCCGCGCCCGCGUGCUCGCCAAGCUCGCCGACCCGACCCUGCCGCGCAAGACGCACCGCGAGUCCGCGAACGUCUCGGACGCCUUCAUCAACUCGAAGCGCGACAGGCGCCAGAUCAAGCACUCGUCCUUCGUCUCGCGCAUCCAAAAGUCCCACCCUUCCUCCUCCUCCGGCCAGACGAAGCGCAGGAGGCCCAGCAAGAAGCUCGUCGCCACGCUCGAGAGCCUCGCCGACGCGCUGCCCGAGCUCGACGAGGGGAGCGAGCAGGCGGCCGCCGCGAUGCGGGACGGCAAGGUGCGGCACAAGAGCCUCAAGAGCCGGCCCGGGGCGCUCAAGAGGAAAGAGCGGGUCGUCAAGGGCGAGAUGGCGAGGUUCGGGGCCAGCCUCGCGCAGUUGGCCGCGACAAAGGAGGAACCUAGUGCUGCAGUGGCUACGGCCGCGGCUCCAGGCGCAGCUGGAGAUAGCAACACGGCGCCUCAGCCGCAGCCGCAGAUGGUCACGUCGAACAGGUGGGCGGCGCUGAGGGGUUUCAUCUCUGCGACCAUGGAGCAGAACCCUGCAUUCACGAACAAGCCUUGA